CGCGCAGGGCAGAAGAGGACAAACAGGUUGCCCCGAGCGGGAAGAGGGCGGCGCCGGCGGCGGCGGGCUUUAAAGGGCCGCGCGGAGUUCCCCCGCGCGCCGGACGGACGGAGACAGACGCCGCCUGCCGCUGCCAUGGCGGGCCACCCUCUGCUGCUGCUGCUGGCCUGCCUCUGCCUCUGGGCCAGCCCCGCCGGGCUGCACGCCCAGGCCGCCUGCAAGCACCCGCCCCAGCAAUGGUGCCGCUCCCUGGAGAUCGCCAGAGCCUGCCAGGCAGAGGAGCACUGCGCCAGGCUGGCCAAAGAGACCCGAAAAGCCGCCCCCGUCUCCGUGAGCCUCUACUAUGAAAGCCUGUGCCCCGCCUGCCGCGGCUUCCUGGUCUUCCAGCUCUUCCCCACCUGGCUGAUGCUCUACAACAUCAUGAACGUCUCGCUGGUUCCCUAUGGCAACGCCCAGGAGACGCCGGCAGCAGCGGGGAAGUGGAAGUUCACGUGCCAGCAUGGUGAAGAAGAGUGCUUGGGGAACAUGAUGGAGGCAUGCCUCAUACACCUGGUGGAAGGUGCUGCUUUUCCUAUCAUUUUCUGCAUGGAGUCAGGAGACAGCAUCACCCAGAACAUGCCAAAUUGCCUGAAGGUGUACGCUCCCGAUUUCCCUCUGGCCAACGUCACGUCCUGUGUGAAGGGGGACCUGGGCAACCAGCUCAUGCACCGCAAUGCGCAGCUCACCAAGGCCCUUGUCCCACAACAUCAAUACGUGCCCUGGAUUGUCAUUAAUGGGCAACACACCGACGCGCUCCAGGCCCAGGCCCAAGACGCCUUGUUGCCGCUGGUUUGCAGCUUGUAUAAGGCAAGUCUCUCGAGCGAGCCGAGGGGGUUCCCUUGAGCGUUGGCCAAGUGG